AUGCCUUCUCAAGGACUAUCCCUGAUUUUUCCUCUGUUGUUUAUCUGCUUCUUCAGGGAGAGCUUCUGCAUUUGUGAUGGCACUACCUGGACAAAGGUUGGAUGGGAGAUUUUUCCAGAAGAAACGCAUCAUUUGAAAGUUAAGCCUUCUCCAUCUCACCGUCUACCUUACCCUCUGAACAAACUAUGCUGCAAUUUUGCUAGUAUGGAUAUAUUUCAGUGUCUUUUACAUCUUAUUUAUAUUUUAGUACAAGUUCUCUUUUCAAUCCUGUCUGUUUUAUCUGCUCAUUACCUGUGGGUGAAAUGGAAGAAACACAAAAAAAAACUGAAGAAACAAGCCUCCUUAGAUACAGCUGGUAAUGAUCUAGAAAGCCAGCCCAUCUAUGACAUUGACCAAAUACUCUGCAGACCGGUGGCCACAACAUCAAUGAUCACCAAGUACCUGAAUGAGGUGUCCCAUCAUCCUCCAGCUAAGAAAGUCAAGCACCAAAAACUAAAGGGGAAGAAGAGUGAAGGAGAAGGAGCCAGAGGAUACUAG